UUGAGUGAAUUUUAUAAUGUCUGAGAUGUUUGAAGUUAUUCAUUCGUCGUCUUUUGCGGGUUCUAUUAACAAUAAUAGUGCUGUAGAUUGGUCUUCUGAUAAUAAGUUAGCAUUUUGUACAGACAAAGGAAUUCAUAUACUGGUAUCUUACUGUAGUCCUCUGGAACCUGGAUCCACUCUUCCCGAGCAUAAAUAUUUCAUUCCCCCUCCAAAAGAAACUUUAAGCUUUGAUACUGGUAUUGAGAGAAAGUUUUUCCCUGUUAACUUGACUACAGAUGAGCUUAAUACUGUUAUGCUGGAUCACACUGUAAGUCCACAAACAGCCAACGCAACACGUUUUCUUGCUUACAGACUAUCCAGAUGGUCACCUGUCGACCUUGCACCAUUAGACUCGUGUCUUUUAGCUACCUUAACUGCAGAUCAUCGACUACAGGUACACCAGUUCUGUAAAAAAAAGUUUCAAGAGGUAGACGAUUUAUCACUGAAGCUUUAUGAACAUGAUAGGAAACUGUGGAAAGAAAGUCCUGGAAAUAAGGGACUAGAUGCUUUCCGCAUCUUAAAGGACCGUACUUACAGUCUUGCAGCUAUGGAAAUAACCUGGACUGAAAAAUUUGCUGUGUCACCUUCCCACCCAGGUUAUCCCAAUAGAUGUUGCUAUUUGAUUGUAGCAAUGAGGAGUGGAACAAUUGUUUUUUGGGAAUUUUCUAGAAAUAAUGACAAGAUAAAUAUUGAGUUAGCACACAAAUGGAAUUGUUCACUAGGACUUGUGACAAGUUUGUGUUGGCAGCAGACUGGUGCUCAGUCAGGGUUUUUAGUGGUUGGAGCUCUCAGUGGCCAAGUGAUAAUUGUUCCUGUGGUUGUUCUUGCUGAUGAAACUGGAAAAAACAACUUGCAGAUGGGACAAACUUGCCACUUGUGGAAAGACUGUGAUAAAAUUUCUGUUAGCACUACUUGCAUUGUCAAGGUAGGAGCUGGGUGCUUCCUAACAGUUGUCAGCAAGGGUUGUCAUCUUAUUGGUAGUAAGAUAAUUGUUAGUGACACCUCGAUGACCAUUGAAUCAACUGGAUAUACAGCUGGGCUUCAUCAGCUCACAGCCACAGGUAUGUGUAUUUUGAAAGAAGAACCAAGUAAAAGUGUUCUGCUAUUGAGUUCUGCCGAUGGUCGUAUUGUAAAGAUUGAAGUAGACUCUCAAGGAACAGAAUUGAUUUUUCAUCAAGAAGAAAUUCUUCAAGAAGUUAUCCAUCCCAAGUGGUCUCCUUUUGGAAUAUGUUCUUCACCAAACAGAGCUUUAGUGUGUUGGACUCAAAAUCUCAUAACAUGGUAUGACCACCUAGUAGUUCUGGAACCAGUAAAGCUGUGUAUCAUGACUGCAAUAUCUCCAGAAGCUUCAGUAGAAAAAAUGCUAGUUAGUAUUUCAAAAACCACAACUGACAAACAGCUGACAAGUCCUCAACAGUUUUGUGAUUUCUGGGAUUACUUGGAUUGUAUCAGAGCUCACCUUGGUGUAGGAGAUAAACCAACUACAGAACUUACUGAAAUAUUGCAACUGGAGGGUGAUAAUUUAGAACAACAGCCUGUCCAAAUACUGCAACUAAUUAGGUUUUUAAUUAAGCUGCAGAUUACAAAUACAAAUGACCAGGAUACAAAGUCUUAUGAAAAACUGCAAGUUGUAGAAGAUCUACUUUUACGUAAUCACAUCUUAUCCAUCAUUUCCAUGUUCCAGCCUAAGCUUGACUCAUUGACACAGAAUCAGCACAUUUCCCUGAUUCUCAUGUGUGACUGGUUAUUCACUAAAUAUGACAUAAUUGUACCUGAAGUUUACAAAGUAUUUGGUAAAGGUGUGCCUCAACGUCUUGAAGAUAUUCCAGCUCGAGAGACUUGUCCAGUAUGUAAAAAGGAUGUCCCUUUCACUGAUGCUUUUUACGGGUCCUGCUCCAAUUCUCAUACAUUUGGUCGAUGCUCUCAGUCACUACUGUUGUGUUCUAAAACUUACUUAAAGUGUUCAUCUUGCUUAAGAUUAAUGAUAUGGCCAGUUGUGUGGAAUGAGCGGGAACACUGUGCAGUGUGUUCCUACUGGCUUAGAUGAGAAAGAACCUUUUAGGACUGACACAUUAACUUUGUAAUCAAAUGUCUCAUAAAUCAACAAAAGCAAGAGAUGCAAAUAUAAACAUAAAUAACAUAAGCUAAUCUUAUUUGAAAGUUAAGUUUAGCCUAUGUAAAGCAGCAAAGGUAUUCUUUUAUUCACUACUUAUUAACAUAUUGAUAGCAUUUAGUUCUAGCAGACUGAAAGUUUAUGUAUUUAGUGUUGUUAAAUCUUUUAAUAGAAUUUCCAUAGAAUCAACUAUUAAAUUUCUGAUAUCUCUAAAAUGUAAAAUGUUUCCUUAGUAGAUACAUUUUCACAAAUAUAACCUAAAAAAUGUCAUAUUCAGAAUUUAAAAUUUAUCUUUAAUAUGUAAAUACAUGGUCAUCAUAUACUGAGCAAAAAUGUUUUACAAACAUGUGCAAUGCCACAGAUAAGUGUGUUGACUUACUUUUAUUAAUAAGCUUUACAUGUUGUGUAACAAAUUCCUAAAACAUUUUAGUUUUCAGAUUUCAAAAUACAUAGAUAUUUUGGAGAAAGUACUGAAAGUGUAUAUAAAAGCCAUUUUGUUUUGUUGAACUCCAUCUAUCAGUACUGAAGUUUCUUUUGCAAAAUGGAAGCCACGCUCUUUAGAUUCUUGCCUUUACUUGAAUAAGCUAAGCAGACUUUUUUUUUAUUUUUUUAUGAUUGAGCAAAAUUUAAUGUAAAUGAUGAUGUUUGUUGGUAGAUAACAUUUUCAAGUGUUUAAGUUAUUAAACAAUUCAUUUGUUCAGUUCAUUUCAAUAAAACUGUAAACCUGUUAGGCCCAAGAGGAUAGUUAAAGUAUGGUGUUUAACAAAAUUUCUUGCAAGAUAUUUAAAUAAAAUAUUUUUUUUAA